AUGCCUGUUCGGCCUAGCCCUUCUGUUACAGCCGCGAUAGGACUCGAUGCUGACCUGGUGGAGGUGCAGAAGGUGGCGCGCGAUUUUGCCCAACGAGAAAUGUAUCCAAACAUGGCCAAAUGGGACAGAGAGGAAUAUUUCCCGGUGGAGACGAUGCGACAUGCUGGAGAGUUGGGUUUUGGUGCCAUCUACUGUUCAGACAUGCGUCUGUGA